AUAAAGUGUUUAUUUAAUAGACGUUAUCAAUAAAUAUCGGAAAAAUAGUUUCAUAUAUAAAUAAGCCCAAUGAGAUGCUGCAAAUUAUAGUUACACAUCUCUUUUUGAAAUUCGAACACAACAACAGAAAAAGUAUAGUUCAAAAACAAUGAAAAUUUACUUUUUAAUUUUAUUUGUGUCCUUGCUGGGUGCACAAAUUGAUGCUCUACCCAAACGAAGUAAUAUAAUAGUAGCCGAUUGCAGUGAAUAUGCUGAUGGUGAAACAUUGCCGGACAGCAGUAGUUGUUCUCGAUAUUUUUUGUGUGUUAACGGUAAAGCUUUAAAGAGAACCUGUGCUCGUGGUUUGAACUAUGACACCAAGACGGGUCUAUGCAAUAGAGCAUUUCUAGUUGAUUGCAGUCUUAAUCGUUUGGGUGCUAACUGGGUAGAUAAUGUUAAGCCAGAUUUUGAGUUGGACAAUACCAGCGACAGUAAUGAUGAAGAGGAACCAAUGACUGCCUUGCCUGCUGAAAAUGUUGCAGCAGUAACAAGUGCACCACCAUGUGAUGGGACUACAACAACAUGUACUACAACACCGUGUACCACCACAACUUGUACUACAACAACAUGUUCAACUACAACUUGUUCCACAACGAAAACAACAACCUGUUCAACAACUAAAACUACAACAUGUACUACAACAACCUGUUCUACAACAAAAACUACAACAUGUACUACAACAACCUGUUCUACAACGAAAACCACAACUUGUACUACAACAACCUGUUCUACAACGAAAACUACUACAUGCACAACAACAACCUGCUCAACAACUAAAACUACAACUUGUACUACAACAACCUGCUCAACAACUAAAACUACAACAUGUACCACAACUAAGACAACAACCUGCUCCACUACUAAAACUACAACCUGUUCUACAACUAAAACUACAACCUGCUCCACAACUAAAACUACAACCUGUUCAACAACUAAAACUACAACCUGCUCCACAACAAAAACUACAACCUGUUCAACAACUAAAACUACAACCUGUUCUACAACCUGUUCCACAACAAAAACAACAACUUGCUCGACAACAAAAGCUCCCUGCACAACGCCAACAACAAAAUGUUCCACAACUCCCCCGUGUACCACUACUCCACCUUGUACUACAACUCCAUCCUGUACCACAACUGUCUGUCCGGUAGGAAAUUCAGAUCGUAAUAAUCAGAAAAUUUUACAAUAUUAUACGAACAGCAAAAGUUGUGCCUCAUUACCCGAUGGAACAGUACUCUUAGAUCACAAUCAUUGCCGCCGUUACUAUGUUUGCACUAAUAAACGUGCCAAACGUCAAAGAUGUCGUCGCACUGGCACCUGGUUCGAUCAGGAUACGCUCACUUGUCGCCCACGAAGUGAAGUGACUAAUUGUGUCGCAGGACGUAGUUAAGUAAACAAAUGAUUCUUUUGCCCGGUAUUUUAUUCUGAUAAAUUUUUAUCGUUAUAAUAAACGUCGUUGUCAAAAAUGGCAUUUCGUCGAUGUUUUUGAUAAAUAUUUGUCAGGUCUUGAUACCGGGUCCAACGUUCUUGUCUCAUAAUUAUGUAUUAAAUAAAAUAAUGAAUUAAAUGAAUAUAAUGAAGUUUUAAAGAAAA